AUGAAUGGUGAUCCAUCAAUUGCCAUCUCCGAUGUUCUCAAGGCAGGCCCUGCAGAAGGAAAGCUCAUGGUUAACGACCGAGUCAUCAGCGUGAAUGGCGUCUCACUGGAGAACGUCGACUACAACCAGGCCAUUUCGGUGCUGCGUGAGUGUGGCAGCGCCGUCAACCUGCUGAUCAAAAGACGUGCACUGGUGACACAACAAAGCAAUGGUAAUGCCACUGCGGAGGCAAAUAACAAUCCCAUUAAGGUCACACUGACCAAGGCAAACAAAAAGGACGACUUUGGAAUCGUUCUCGGCUGCAAGAUAUAUGUCAAAGAGAUCACCAAUCGGUCAGCUGUCAACGAGAAAGACGUCUCCCUGCAGGAAGGUGAUAUCAUUCAUAAGAUCAACAGCACCAGCACAGAAGGCAUCACACUGAAAGAGGCCCGUAAACUGCUAGAAAGCUGCAAGGAGAAAGUAUCACUAGUGGUGGCCAGAGAAACAACCCCUACUAAUCCACUUGCCAACUUUAUCAACAAUCGCUUUCUCAAUGAGAACGGCAACUACAUCAAUGGACAUGGUCGAAACAACGCAGUACCACAGAAUGGCCUGUUCAACAGCAGCAACUCCCACCAGCGGUGGCCCUCAUCGGUGGGCUCUGACAGAGUCGAGCAGAAUGCGNUCGAGCAGAAUGCGGCGCCCAAUGGGUCGGCAAUGGUCAAUGGGCACAGCAAGGAGAACUCUUUUUCAGGUCACAAUGAAUCAAACAACAACAACAACAACAACAACAGCAUUACCAGCAACGGAGCCACUGUGGCCGCCAACAUUGCCGCCAUGGCGAAUGGCCGAGCCAAUGGAAGCAAUGCCUGGAGCAAUCAGAAUCUCUACGUUCAGCCGCCCACACGAGCAGAGUACCAGCAGAUGAACAACUCACAGACGGCUUCAAACCACCCGCUGUCCUCUUCGACACUGAAUGACUCGGGUGAAGGGAACAGUGAAAGCAACCAGCCACAGCAACAGCACCUGAACAGCA